AUGGAAGGUUCCCAUGGUUCAAGCUCGAAUGAAGGUAAGUUUGUGUUUUAACGUUUCAUUCACACCCUGUAUACUGCUGCAGUCUUAUGUAAACUUUUAUUUGACAGCUAUGACUAUGUAUUGUUUUCUAAUUUAAGUUUCAACACAUAUUGUCUGAAAUAUCGCGUCCACGAAACUUUAUGAUGUUCUAUAAAUAAAAGGGUAAUGCAAAUAAAAGAUAAUUAAGUAAAGACAAUGAGUUUAAUAUUCAAACAUACUGCUACAUUGUUAGUAGAACUAGAAAUGCGUGCAUUGCAUGAUACACUGAUGAUAUUAAAGAGCUUAUAAAUUCUGUUUGGUAUAAAAUUCCUUAGCUUGAGAAAACAGCCGACAUUUGGCGAUGCUACCACUGGUUUCCCCGCCAAAUGACGUCUGAGAAACGAGCACAGAAAUUCCAUACUGAUGACGUGUCACUACCCUGAUCUGGGUAGUGCUUCUGAUUGGUUGAAUCAAAAUUCCCAUGUGGUUUGAUCAAUUAGAAGCACUACCCAGAUCUUAGUCUCCUUCGCAGCCAUUAUUAGGGUCGUCACUCGCGUUGCGUGACGAGUGACGACCCUAAUAACGGCUGCGAAGGAGACUACCCAGAUCUGGGUAGUGAUGCGUCAUCUGUAUGGAAUUUCUGCGCUUGUUUUUCAGACAUCAUUUUGUGGAAAUGCAGUGGUAGCAUCGCUAACUGUUAGCUGUUUUCUCAGGCUAAAAGUUCCUUAAUCUAAAUGAAAAGACGGCCAGCUGUCAAAUGUGGAUUUUAGUUUUUGUAUAAAAGACUUGAAAAUUUUGGCGUUAUAAUGAUUAUAUGAGUGACAAAGUGUGGUACAGCAAGUGUUCUUUUCUAUAACUUGGUCAUCUUCAAUUGAAUGAAAUCAGUCUUUCUUCUUUGAAUCUAUGUUUGAACUCAAAAGGAAGUGACACUGCAGGCCUUACAAGAAGGUGUAGUGACUGUAAAAAAUCAUACAAGUCCUGCGAUUGCAAGGUUAGUGAUUGCUAACUUUAUAAUCCAAGGUUUAAUAGUUAAAAAAGGUAAAUGCUUUGUUUUAUGAUAAAAAGGCACCAAGCUGCUCAAGCUAGUUUACAGGUACUCCACCCUGAUAAUGUGAGACAACACUCAAAUGGAUAGGACUGAUAUACUGCUGGCUAUUUAUAUACAAGUGUGGCUCAUUUGCAGAGGGUAUUUUGAUAGUUAGCACACACUUACGUGACUGUUUUGACAUAAUGGUAUUUUGAAAAAGAUGGCCAUUGCACUGUAUUACAAAAACAAGAGUGAGUGUACUGAUGCAUGAACUGUUCCUCAAGAAGAAGGAAAGUUAACUACGUUACUUACAACUGUUAACUAAGUUACAGUGUAAACUGUACUCAUGAAUAAUUGCUUGCACUUGUAGAACUCAGGAUAAAUUGUUACUUUUUAUUUGGCAGAAUUGUUCCAAGUGUGGAACAAUAUUUCAGAAGUAUUGGGGAACUAACUUGAUCAAAGGGCGGUAAGCAUCUUAUAAUGUUUACUCAAUUUAAUAUAUAUUAUUGUAAAUAAAAAAAGUUAACACUGGAGCUACCCUUGUUACAUGUAGAUUAAUGUUUAUCAUAAUGCAUGCAUGGAUUCCAUUUUCAUUUUAAAAUGUACAGCGUACACAUAGUACUCUGAAAUCUGGGAGGCAUAAUAACCUUAUUGUCGGUGCACUGGAGACAGUCCAGAUAAAAAAACCUGGGUUCAAGCCCUCGCUAGCUAGGGUCCUUGACCUUGCUUAAUGCAUAAUUUCUUGGGCAAGGCAGUUUACUCUCGACGCGACUGGCACUCCAUCCAGGUGUAUAAACCAGUACAAGCAAAUGUAACAUUAUGGGCUAGCAAACCUUUUGACAGGGGGGAUUAGAAAUAUUCCGAGUUGCUUUGUCAUGCUAUAGAAACAAGAUUAGUAAAGGACAGGUGAAGUCUUAAUACGUAUAUACUUCCUUAAUUCUAAUGUCUAAUUAAUGUCAAUUUAAUUAUAUUUCUAUGUUAAUUUGCAUAAUAUAAAUAAUGAUUAUUAUUCUUCCCCUUCUUUUUCUCCCUCUUAUGAAAGAGUAAGGUGCUUAAACAUCUCUUUAGAUUUAGAAUUUAAGUAGAAUGAUGCACCACUUUCUUACCUCUUGUCAUGAUAGUAAUUCCACAUUCUUUUGUUUGUUAGUUCUCAUUGUCGUACAUGUUCCACUGCAGUGUGUGUUACCUGUCAUGUUGUUGUUAAGAAAGCUGUAAAGGUACGUCACUGUUAAAAAUUUAUUUUGUCAAAUAAUAAGUAAAUAGUUAAAUCCUGCUAUUACAUCCAUUCAAUAUCAUGUUACAUGUAUGUUUUAUAAAAAUAAUGAAUCCGCCGAGUUUUAUCAGUAAUGUAGAGUCGAAUGUAAGAAAGGGAGUUAAUUUUUCUUCUUUUGGCAAACGAUCUUUGUAACUGUUUGCCAUUACUCCAUUAAACUUGACAGACUCAAUCACAAAACAUCUGGUGUUGACAUACAAAUGUUAAGAGGCAAAAGUGCAAUGUCUUUAUACUGAACAUAAUUGAUUGUUGUAAUGUCUUAUGGUAAGAUUCAUGCAACUGCAUCAGUAUGGCUCCAGUUUUAAGUGCACUCACAGGAACUGAGGCAUACUUACUAUUAUAGAAUUUCUAUUGCAAUUUGUCUGUUUCACAAAAAUUCAUUUUGCCAAUAUGUGUGUCAAAAAAUUUGCUUGCUCACAUUUUAGAGGGCCAUUGAAAAAGUGGUCAAUUGACUUAGCAUUGAUCUACUGUGGUCCUUUAUCAUUCUGCUAGGUAUGUACAAGAUGUCUCUUAAAACAAAAAGAAGAUGAAAUGAACACCCAGAAGGCUCUGUCAGCUAUAGAAGAGGCUAGAACAGGAAGAGGUGUGUUAAAUUUACCCAUCAGAGAUAUUAUAUGAUAUUGUUGAUUACUUUAAAAAAUCAAGCAGUCUGACUAAUAGCUAAAUGAAAUAAAUAUAAAAUUAAUAAAUACCGGAGUAUAAAGAUGUCCUCAGGUCCCUGUUUUCCUAAUUCUGGUACUGAGAGGCUUGUUGAUGGCGAUAAUGAUAAUAAUGAUGAUGAUAGUGAUGAUGAUAAUGAUGAUGAUGACAUAAAUUUGUAUCAACAGGAAAAUUAUGUUGGAUGGCAAACUUGUUUUCUGAAGUGUUACACUGUCUCCUUGCAUUGCCAAACAGUUAGGAGAAAGAGGAAACUGAGAAUCAAACUAGCAUGAAACCACUACAGUAAAUUUCAUUUUAAACUACAGCAUAACAGUGCAUAGAAAUGAAAAGGUCUUUAUGAAAAUGACAUUUUCUUUUAUCUUUAGCAAAUUCAACGUCAUCUGCAACAUGUGAUGCAUUUGUUGUGGUGUCAAGUUUGUCUAGUUUAAAUCCUGAACAAAGGAAAAGGGCUUUGUUCGAAGCUGCUAAAACAGGUAAUAAUAUGCUUAUCAUUAAUCUAAUAUCAAAGCACUGCCGAAAACUAACCAAGUCAAAAACUAGCAAGUCAUACAUGUGUACUUCAACAGUAAAGCUCCUUGUACGUGUACUUCAAAUGUUUCUCACAGUGCUGAUCAGUUGUACAAUAAUCUGUGAUCCAGGGCUUAUGCAUGUUUUCUAGUGCCUGCAGAUGUGUUUUUGCAAUUUUUUUUAUAAUGGUAACUUUUUAAGAGGAUGUGAUUAAUUUAUGACUAUUUAUGACUCAAUAUUUUCUCAACUGAGUGAUUACUCUGAAUGCAUGUAGUACCACUGUCUCUGAAUGCAUGUAGUACCACUGUAAUGCAUUUUAAUCGUUUAGAAAAUAAUUAGUCAGUCAGAGUAUAUUAAUUUUGAUUUAUUUAAUAUCAGUAAAAAUGCAGAGUUGCUGUAUUUCCAGGAGACCAUUAUUCCAUGGUUACUUUACUGAAUCAUGAGAAUGUUGACAUCAAUGUUAGAGGUAAUAAUUUAAUUUUCAAUAUGAACAAACCCAGUUUGAAUUAUUUCUUCCAUACUGGUAAAUAAAGAUUCACAGGCAAAGUAAUUUUUUUUUCCCAUAAGAAUGUUUGAUCCUACAUUUGAAUGAAAUCACAGUGAAUAUUAUUUUGUUAUUUCUUUUUGUAGAUGAGGACAAGAACACUCCUCUCUUUUUUGCUGCAGAAGGUGGCCAUCUCCCUUGUGUGGCUCUCUUAGUGGUAACUAAUUUUGGUCUCAAUUUGUCUCUAGUAAUUUAACAACCGUGAGAAAGUUUGUAAACUUUCCAUUAGAAUUUUGGCCCAGUGUCUUAAUUGUUACAGUCAUUAUUCAGGGGCACCCAACGGCAAUUUUUGGCAAAAUAUCUGUUCGGAAGACGAUUUGAGAACUAGAAUUUUCGGAACAUUUGUUGUAAAAUUUCUUGCUUGCCUGCCUCUCCUAGGAUUUUCGAACAUCUACAAAACGGUAUAAUUACCCAUUUUAAACGGAAUUUUACCCUAAAAAAGGCCGCCUAGAAUUUUCGGGAGCCUUUUCCUGGCUGAAAUUUUCGAAAAGGUAAGUUUUGAUCCCUAUAAUUUUCGGAUCACUAGACUUUCAGCUAGGAAAUCCGAACAGAUGAAAAAUUUUUAGGGGAUAAAAAUAUGCCUAUAUCUACCGUUUAAAUACUAAAAUACGUUCAACAAUGCUAUGUUAAGUGGAUUUGAACUAUAUCCUCGUUGGGUGCCCCUGAUUAUUCUACAGUGUGUUCAUUAGGCAAAGGAGAUCAGAGAAUUCUCUGUUUACUACGCAGAAUUCUCUGUUUAAUGUUUGAUAGCCUAUAUGACUAUUUUUUAUUCAGAUGCGGAGUGUCUUUCACAAUACUCUCCUGAAACAUUACACCUUUCUCCUGCUACUAAAUUCUUAAUGAAAACCCUGAUUCUAUAUAUAAUAAUUAAUCAAUUUGUAUUGUAUUAUUAUGUUUGAAAAUUAAAGGGAGAUUAGCAGACACCUUGUAGGGCCUUGUUUCAUGCACCUCUUCAAUUGUAAAGCCAUGAUAGAGUCUCAUGAUUAGAAGCUUUUUGAACCCAAACUUAAAACCUUGUGAUGAAUAUUUUUUGUGCUUUCUUCCAUCUUGAAUUAAGCACAUUUUGCUACAAAGUCUGGCAUUUUUCGGUACUGGUCUGCGUUGUAAGUUAAAUCCAAACUACAGGAUUCUUUGACUAGGCUAAUAUCCAUACAGAAUGAUAUAAAUUUGAUAUAGUGAUGGUGAUGAUGAUGGUAAUUAAUUAAAGGGGAUUUAACCCUCUGCUGAUUCCUAAUCCUUGUAUCUCUUACACAAAGUGUGGCAUGUUAUUCUGACUCUCAAAAUACACAUGUGAUGAUGUUUCUCUGUACACGACAGUUUUCAGGGUUAACCCAUGUACAUAUCAGCCCUGUAAACUAGCUACAUAAAUUAAAUCCCUUCUUAUUUAUUUAUUUUAUCUAAAAUUCAACAGGAACGAAAUGCAGAUGUGACAGCAGUGAACAAUGUAAGUUUAUGGAAUCUUACAUACUAGAAAUGAAUAAAUGAAUAUCAAGACUACUACUUAUUUAUAAUAUUUAUUUUGUUAUCCAAUCUAGAAAUCUUGGACCCCUCUUCAUACCCUUGCAUGGUAAGUUUACGUGAGCAUGGUUAAAAAACAUGUUAUACAAAUUUUUUAUGAAAUCCUAUUAAAUCAAGGUAAUUAAAGCAUAUAAUUAUUAGUGAUAAAUUAUGUGGUACAAAGAGAUUGGCUUGUGGUGUGUAUUAUUAAGCAGACUGUUCAGUCUAGAAAUUGGUAAAAGUGGGUCAUACAUCCCACGUGGCAUUUUAAAUUGGAUCAAUUUCAAAAAUGGUCUGGGUCAAACUAUGAUAUUGAAACUUUGAACAACUAUCAUGAGCUUCACUAUCUUUAUAAUCCAGCUCAUCUUUGUGCUUUUCAGGUUCAACUGUCAUUCUCUUUUGCGUAAAUAAAUGAACUUAGCUUUUGUUGUUGUUUCAUAAUGAAUAAAGAAAAAGCACAAGUUAAAGAAACGAAGAGCAACAACUAUGCAGAACAUGCAAAUGUACACUCCAGUCUCUUUCUGUACCGCAUGGAAGGCCUGACACAAAAACUACUCAUAAACACGUAGUCUGAAAUGACAGUGAUUUUGUGCACUUAUUUCAGGCUAGUAAUCACACCUUUUUUUUUAAUAUUGACUGCCGCUUUGGAAGUACUUGUAUAUUAAGUAACCUUUUUUGCAUCAGUAUGCCUCCAUGAUAAUUUCAUUUUGUGUCAGAAUAGAAUAUUGAAUAGUCCAUGUCAAUGAGGCAAAAAUGCGGUCUAGAUUCUAAUUUUUGAUUAAGCAGCCAGGUAUUACUGAUAUUAAGUGAUUAAUUUGAUCUGUAGGAAAGGAUCAAGUGAAAGUCAUGUGGAGUGUGGUGAACUUCUCAUACAGGUACUACUGACAAAACGGAAUAUAAGAUUUUCUGGAAAGUGAGAAUAUAAUAUUGUUCUGGAAGGUUAGAAAACCUUAAAUAAAUUUAAAAAGGUUAACUAAAAGUUGCCUUAAUUUACAACCAAACAGAUCAAAAUUUUGUGGUGUCACUUAAAAUGCAUUUGUACAGCUUUAAAAGCACUGUAGAUAGCCUAAAAGAUGUUUUCAAAGCACUUAGAAGAAAUCUGCGUUUGGUUGCCCAUGUUUUCUCACUUUGAUGUUUUGCCUAGACACAGUUAAUUCACCAAACAUUAUAAUACUACAGUACAAUGUACAGGGAAGACCUUUACUUGCUGAAAUGGUAUCUGCUUGUUACAAAUCAUGUUAUACCGUAUGAAGGUUUGCUACUUUUUGUUUCUGGAGACAAUGGAUGAAUGUGUUCAUUAAUAUGAGCAAUUUACAAAGGAAAUAUUCCCUAACGGCUUUUCUCAUGAUUUAAAAUUAACCAAGAUCCAAAUAAACUUGUAAAUAUUGUGCCCAAAAGAAAUGCACCUCAUAAUAGAUCUGUGUGAUGAUACUGACUUGUUCCCAGUAGUCUUCGCACGUAACGCACGGCGGGAGCAGGGGAUGAUGGGAAGGGUGAAGAGAGAAAGAUGGUCAUCUGUCUGCCUCACUUUCCUCCUUCCCAUCACACCCCACACGCCACCAGAGAGAGAUAGUCAGAGAUGACUGGAGAUAAGUCAGGUGAUGAUAUUGUAUUGGACGACCGUUGGUGGUUGAAUGGAUCUUGGAAGGUGUAUUUGGCAUCCCCACAGGUUUCUCAGGGACAAGUGACAUUAUCACCAAUUUGCAUAGGCAUAGUCUGCUUCACAGCCGUUCUUUCUGUCUUCACGCAAUGCUGCUCCCCACAAACAGCUGUUGAGAACCGAACCACAUUCCUUUGGAGAAAUCACCGUACCGUAAACGUGGCGCAAACACCUUCCAGAAAAUGGAAGCAGAAAUGCUGCAUGCACUGUAUAGAACUUUUAUAGUUAUUACUACUUAGUAGUAUACUGAUAAAUCCUUUUUUGACAGGAUGGGUCAAACUGAUUUAUUUUGACCUAACCAAGUACCGUAAAAUUCCAAAAAUAUGCCCCGGGGCUUAUAUUUUUCAAAGGCCCUUUUUGGGCUUAUUUUUGGAGGGGCUUAUAUUCGGAGGGGCUUAUCUACGGAGGGAAAUUUGCGUUUCAAAAUCUAUUGGGCUAGCCUUAUAGUUGGAAGUAAAUUUACCGGUUUUGUUUUGGUUUACUUUGUAUUUGAGGGCAGUUUUCCAAGUACAAGUCCCCGGGGGCUUAUAUUUGGAGGGGCGAUUUAACGGAGGGGUUUUUGCGUUCCCGGUUUGGCGGGCUUAUAUUUGGAGGGGCUUAUUUUCGGAAUUUUUCGGUAUGUUCGCUAAUGAUUUGCUUCCCUCCCCUCCCCUCCCCACACCCACUUUACUUUCCCUUUUAAGAUGGGUGUUCCAGUGUUUGCCUUGACUGACACAUUAGAGACAGCAGCAGACCUUGCAUCCCGUUCCGGUGGCAAACAGGAGCUGGUUCAACUAUUGAGAGCUGUGGAAGGUAAAACAAACCCACCAUAAUACUUGUUAUGCAAGAUUUCUCUGUGUAAGCUUUUUGAUUAAGUUGAUAACAUUACAGAUCCUUUUUACAAAUAAGCUUUGAGUUCCAAAAACUCUUACUUAAUUUAAAACGAAGUUAAGUUGCUAAGACUUCUUGGACUUGUGCUAGAGACAUGAAAAAAACUGGCCAAUAGCGAACGGACCGGCGCGUCCCCAAUAACGAUCCCGGCCAGGAACAGUUGCGGGACGUAUAGAGCCAUUUUCGUAUGACCUUGAAAUAAAAACGCGCGAACAAAACAGUCUCAGAAACAACAAACGAGCAGAAAUAGAGCGAUUUGAUUAGUUUGUCGAACGAAUACAAACGCUCGUGGGUUUGGUUGGUUAAGCGAACACUCGGCUGAAAAGACGUCAUGCCCGAAGAACUUUCUAGAAAUCAAUCAAACUUCGCUUUGACGUCAUACUGCAACACUAUUGGUCAAUCGAACAAUGCGGUCUCCAUAUUAAGGUUUUCUUUGGCGGGAAAACGGAGAGUCCAUGUUUUGAUCUUUUCAUCCAUUGGCUGAUAAAACAAAUAACGAACACACCGAAACCAUUUUUCGUGGUCAUACGAAAAUCGUUAUAUCGGCUCCGGUUCCCUUUUCUUUUUGAAAGUGGCGAAUAACUUUAUACACUUGAGGAUGAAUAACUUGAUACACUUGAGGAUGUCUGGGACGUUCUUCCCAUUGUACAUGAAUUCAAACUACUACUAGGCUGUGACUUACGAGUGCCAUAAAACCUUUUUGAGUUUUAAUUCUGUAUAAAAAAUAAUCUUGCAGUUGAUGUUGCAGUACAGAACUUACAAGAGAGGCUACAAACCCCAACAGGUCAGUAAUCUAACUGAACUUCCAUCUUAUUUACAAAUUUAAUGGAAUGGAAAGAUUUUUUAAGCUUUUUUUCUGGUUAACUUGGAUAUGAGGAUUAUACUGUAGUUAUCAAUCACUUGUAUAAUAUAUGUUUUUCUGUUGCAGGGUUCUCAACAAAAGACCCAAUGUUAAAGCUGUAUGUGGCUUCGAUUGUGAGACACAUUAAUGAAAACGUACCACCAAACAGCCCGAAAUGGAUGGCAAAAGGUUUGUCUUAAAGAAGGAUAAAGAAUUCAUUUUGUCACGUGCAUAGCCCAGCACGGAAAAGUCUGAGCCCUGCUACGCGCGGAUAGAACACCUUACAUACAACUGUAAAUAAUGGUAUACUCAUCAGGCUCGAAAAUCUCGCGGGUGCUUGUGAACAGUGAUCAAGCGCUAAACAGAGGUGAGGGCGGAAAGCAGCACACAGGGGACCCAAGGUGCAAUCUCUUGUUCUCACACCCUCUCUGGAAGCUUAGGCCUUAGGUAUGAGGUCGCCAAAAUUGAUGAAUCUACCCACUUACGAUGGUGUGUGAAAAUUAAGCAUGCUAAAAUAAACAGUAUUCUGCAAAACGUUGUUAGAAAUGUGACUUGGCAUUGAUCCCUGUUGUAUUUGUUGUGAAUUUAAUGAUUUUUCAUACAGUUUUUGUUAUUAUUUAAAAAACUCAGAUAAUCCGCAAGAAAGACAUAAAUUGUUGAAGACACCAGAACUUUUAAGAAGAAAAGACAAAACAAAGUCCCUUGACUGGGUGAGUUAAAUAUUCCUUGCAAAUUUUUAACCUACACUGAAGUGGAAAACUUUAUCUCCGAUUAAGGGGAAACACUGUAGCAACUAACAGAUCAAAACAAGCAUGACUAUAGCUUCUUUGUCAUUCUCCUGUAGUGUUUAAUUUGUGUCUUAACAUUUCAAUGUAUGCCCACAGUUCAAUUACACAAUUCUUUUUCCCGUGUUUACAUCUCCUUCAACCCCACCCCAACAACUCGUUAAAAGGGAGAAGCUGUAUUAAUUUUACUUCUGGUGUUUGGAUCCUUAUCCUGUAGAAAUUUGUUGAAAUUAUGGUCACAUAUUUUAUUGUCUUUGUUUUCAGAGUCUUCGAAAGCAUAACUCGUGUGAGGAGCUUCGGUCCGAAACUCCAGGUGAGAAGCUUAGAGCUGUAGGCACUAUAUGGUAAACGUCUUACUGGUAAUGGCACUGAACUUUCUUAAGCCGGACAUUAUUACAGAAGCUCUUCUUCUUAGAGAUACUUGGCUUUCGGUACCAGGAAGAAAAUCAUGUUACUUGUAAAUGACAAAAUCGCAGCAUCUGACAAACAAAUGUGUCUCCCAAGCGUGACAAACAAACGCAGAGAAACUUUGAAAAACUGUUAAGAUGAAACGUUUCAAAAAAUCCAUGCAAAUGCGGUCCUCAAGCAAUGGAAUCCAGGACAGUCUUGGAUUUUGGAUUCUGCGCCGUGGAUACCGGAUUCUUUCUCAGUAAAUUUCUGAUUGCAGAUUCCAACGUUUAGUGGGGUUCCGGAUUCCUUGAGCUGUAUUCCACAUUUCAAAGCCUAAAUUUUGAAAUUUCCCGGAUUCCGGAUAACAUAUUUCGGAUAUUUCCGGAAUCCGUAUUCUCUUAGAUGGGGUGUUUCGAUGUUGCCCAUCCUUGUCUUCCUUUAUAUUUUCUGUGAUAUUCAAAUCUUGCUUCAAUGCUUCACUCUGUAGUGCUUAUUCUCCUCGCUCAGUUUAGGGGCCAUUUUCUACUUUAGUGACACAGCUUUAAGCCAAAUGCUAUCCAAACCAAGUUUGGCUGACCGCUUCAGACAGGUGUCUGCCUUAUCGACAGUUAAAAUUGCGGAUAGGCAAGUAAAAGUUUAUCAAGCACUGCAGGGACAGGCGCGCACAUUAGCCAUCUACUUUCGCCUUUGUUACUAUUAUCAAAAUAAUUCUCUCUGUAGCGUUCGCCGGUGAUCACCAGCCCCUUGGGAAGGCGGGUAUUUAUAUAAAUUUGAGCUCAAUGAUAUUGAAAGACAUCAGUUUAUCUGGUACUGGUUUUCCAUCCCUUUUAUUGUAGUUAAUCGUUUCUUUGGUUCAAGGAGCGGCACUCCAUCAUCUAACAUUCCUACAGCUGAUGUGGAACCUAUCAUCAGACCGGAUUUAUUACCGUGUGUGGUGGCAAACCCUUUAAAACUCGAGGUACUUGAUCCUUAUAAUUCACUGAUCUGCGUAAUCAAGACACAACCACAUUUACGGCAACUGACUUAACCCGGAAAGUCUCAGAACGUCUGCAAAGAAGGCUUUGCGUAACAAGACUGCGGUCUAAACUAUUUUCAAUCGGCCGAGCCUCAGUAUUUAACCCUACUUUCAUAAAUCUGUAAGUAAAUAAAGGGUAUUUACUGGACAAACCUCUUUUACUUGUUGUCUGGUUUAGCUUGGUUUCCAUAAUCAUCGUCUAAGGCUUCCCAAAAUGUGUUCGGGUGGUCGAGAUAAUCACAUGGAAACUCUGAUGCAAUGAGGGACGAGGAUAAAUUCUCACGAUAUUUUAACAGCACUCCUAUAAUAAACAUUUGGGACGAGAAAAGUGAACUUGUAUUUUGUUAUACAGCCUAUACUUUCUGAAGCUUCCCUGACGAAUUGACGCGAACCAUUUAAUUUCCAACUGGAAUUUCCGGUUUCCCGUAUAAAAGGUACCCAAGAUCUUUAUAUUUUCCUCCUAUUAUUCAGGAAAAGCUGAUGAAGUGUCAAGCUGAGAAAGAGGACCUUGAACAGCGUUGCAAAAGACUCAUGCAGUCUAUCGCUAGUGCAGCAGAGGUAAGUUAAAGCGGCAAAAAUUAUUUUGCUGGUUUAACGCCGUUUUGGUAGUAGUAUCAGAUGUUCUAAUAGUAUUCAGUUCCAAUUCCAAGGGAGACUGUUCGCAGUCUUUUGAGGUAAAGCAUUGUUUUAGCGUUAUUGGGCAUAGAUCUACCAAAUCGAGAUGUAACGAAUGGAACACAAGCCUACCCAAUGGAAGGAACAGACCUACCAAAUGAAAAUAGUAACGAACAAGGCACAGACCUACCAAAUGAAAAAAGUAACAAACAGGGCACAGACCUACCAAAUAAAAAUAGUAACGAUUAACGAACGGGACACAGACGUACCAAAUAAAAAUAGAAAAAGAAAGUGGCACAGACCUACCAAAUGAUGACGGUACCGCACUGAACCUACCUAAUCUAACAACUAGCGCUAGGGGUGGUUACGGCCAGAGAUCUUUACUCCCGUAUCGAUUCUUCCAUUUCCACAUGUACUAGUCCUAUCAGUGAAGUGUUUUAAGAAGGGGUGGCGGCUACGGUUUUUCGUCCUUAUCUUAAAAACAAAAAAAAAAAGACGGUCUUCUCAGGUAUUUAGUCAAGACCCUGAGUGGUAAUCCGGUCGACUGCUCCGAAGACUGGUACCCAAGCAGUUGAUCUGACCAGUCAGCGGUUUUCGUUUAAACGCGGGUAGAUCCUACCAACACUGGUAGAUACUUCAUAUAUGAUUCCUAUAGUGUACAGAUAUGAAGUACCUACCUAAACGCGUUAUAAGACAUUCUGAUAGAGCUGCUGGCCCAAGGAAAGUAUUCACUUUUAUUCUCUCUCUUGUUUUCACUUUCUUUAUCUAGACGCAUGACAAAGAGGUUAUGAGAUUGCAGCAGGAGAUAGAUAUUGCAAGAGAACAGAAAGAUAUCGCCAUUAAACGGGUAACUUACUGACAGAUUUUCAUUGCUACAGACUCCAUUUCACUGUCUAUCAUCGUACAAUACUUUACAUGUACCUGAAAAUCUUUUUUUUUCUGUCAUUUCAUAUCUAUGGUGGCCGAGAACUGCCAGUCGAAAAAUUCGCAUAUUGAAGGAAUUAUUUUUUAUUUUCAUCUGUAACCAUUUUCCACUUUCUUUCUAAUUUCUAUUUUAAUUCAAAAGAAAAGUGAAAGUAAAAUCAAGUGAAAUCAAAAUAAAGCGAAAUGAAACCAAAGUAAAAUGAUUUGAAAAAUGAUUUUAUGUAGUUAUAGUUUAUAUGUAACAAAAAAACCUGAUGAAUUUUUACCGUGUUAAAAUAAAGAUUUGAGACUUGAGACUUGAGACUUGAAAUGAAAUUAAAAUCAAGUAAAAUUUUCGACCCAACCGAGCGCUGCCACUACCAGCAUGCAUUGCGUACAUCACGUAGAUUUUGUGUUCUGUUUACGACCCUUUCUCUGGAAGAAGCUCGAAGAUGGCGGAUAACAGGUUUUCAUCGUGGAAGGAAGAUCACCUUCUUAAAGGAGCGAUGCAGAUGUAAGUUAAACAAGGUCUUAAACUCAUAUUCCUUCAAUGUGAGGAUUUUUCGAUUGGCAGUGCUCGGCCACCAUACAUAUGUCAGUGACAGUUUUUUCCAGUACGCUCGGUGUGCUAAAUAAGCAGAAAAUGACGUAUUUGCUCUCUGCUCCAUAGCUAGCGUGAGAAAGGCCAGACACCUGAUUCCUGCAUGUGUAGAUUGAUUUCUCUGAGGAGGUGCCUCGCGUCCUCAAAGCGCUUUUUCCUUCAAAUGUGGGAAGGGCGAGAAAAGCGCCCUGGGACCGAGGCUGGUUUCACGGCUUCUAGAAUAUCAAAAUUAUCUAGCGGAGUUGUAGGUACAGUGUACAAUGCAUUUAUGGAGUAAAGUUCAGCGCUUGUGGAGUACAAACUAUGGUCCGCGCGCUUCAAGGCUGAAGUCUCCCUUCAACAACAGGGCAGAAAGAAGAGGUCAGCAAAAACAUUUGUAUGACAAACGUGAUCGGGUUAUUACGUGAGGGUUUUGUCGUGAUCAUUCACUUAACUUUACGGUGUUCUGUGCGUUUCCAAAAAGAUCUGUUUAAAGGAAGAUGAAGUUUGGCCGGGCGGAAAAUCUUUUUGAACAUAGUUGUAACAAAAGGUUUUGCCGUGUUCUUUCUUCCGCUGUCCUGUUGUUCACUAAUAUCACAGGCGUCCCAAGCUCACGUUACGAGUGUGUUAUGUAAAUUAACUUUCUCACAAGAGAGUCAGUGUCGCGUUACAAGUAACCGUUGAGACUUCGUAUGAGAAAUAAAAUACUGAGGUCUGCGAACGCUAAAUAUCAUUAUUUUUACUUUUUUUCUAUAAAAUAAAUAAAGGAGACUUACCUUUGAUGUAUUCCUGUGCUUUUUGGUGUGAAUUGAUCGAUUUAGUCGGGUUUUUUUUACUCUUUUGUGAGAAAGUUGAUUUACAGAACAAAUUCGUAACGUGAGAUUGGAACGCCUCUGCUGAUAUUAAAAAAAUUCUUAUUUGUGGUUUGAUGCAGUGUGAAGCUACAUUUGUCAACAAAAUGGCCAAAAUUCGUCAGGAAACGGAAGCAGCUAUUCACGAGGUUAGUUUUCAGGCUAGAUUUCAGGUCUUUCAGUACGUCUGUAUUUUUCGUCUGUUACUUGUACACUGUGCAGCAAAUGGUCUCUUUUUCCAGGCAAACACACGGCUUAAUCAAGCUGAGAGGGACCGAGCCGAGGUACUACAUUUACAAAACACUUUCAGAUUAUCGUGGGUACCAGAUGAGGUAAGAAUAGACCUAAGGACUUUACUGAGAUGCUAGGGCUUAUAGAGGACAAAUACAAUAAACUGUUUACUUAAGGUGUUUCGAUACAGUUUUUCGGAAACCAUACCGAUAUUUUUCCAUCGCCUAAAAAGUGAUUUUAUCUUUGUCCGAUCGCUAUAAAAUGUUCACCACUGACUGUCUUUGGAUUGAAGUUUGUCAAAAUGUAGCAUUAAGUAAAACCGAUAUCACUAUGAAGCAAUAAACAAAAAACUUUCAAAUCGAUAAAAGGCGAAACACAAUUGCGCGAUCUAGACCUGCUUGUGAAAAUCCGACACCAGGGACCUGGUUUUUGCCCUUCCUCGUCACAUAACACACGAAAAGAGUUUGACCAAUUUUAAAUCCUUAGUUAAGACUUUUUUUUAUUUAAAUCAGCCUAUUUCUGUAACGCGCAUUGAUCAUAUACAUAUGCGAAUUUGCGCGUUAUAAGUAAUAAAAUCAUUAUUAUUAUUAUUAUUAUUAUUAUUAUUAGCAAAUAACCUCCGUGAGAAGUAAAAAAUUAUGUUUAUUUGAAUUCAAAUAAAACGUAAAUAUAUUUCAAACCUUAUAUUUUCAUAUUGUGCCGAUACAUCAAAGUUCCCAUAUCUUUUCAAUCCCCGUAUUGUUGACACGAUUGCUAUCACACGCCCGUUGAUUGGUUAGUCUUAACCACUUUUUAAUGCAGGUAAUGUUUUUUUUUUCGCAGCUUGUUAACUACUGUUCAAACAGCAAAUGUCGAGCGCCAUUCACUCAAGUAAGUUUUGUCUUGUUUCAUUGAAUACAAGGCUACUUUCACGCAAACGUUGUUCCCAGGGCCUUUCUUUUUAGGAAAUGGGAGGGGGCCCUGGAAUGGAGGUUGCCUUUACUCCAUGAUUUCAAAUCUUUUGUAACAUUUUCAUAGACAUUAUACCCAAAUUGUGCCGUAGAAGCUCAUAUUUUACGAUAUCUACCUUAUGUCAACUCAAUUGAUAAACAAAAUUUUCGACCGAAAACGGACACCAGAAGUCCACAGAACAAAUUUCGUUUCCAAACAUAGGUAAGUGUAUGCACAAUCAGUGUUAUUCUAUGGACAUCAAACCUCUCAGGAUUUGGAAAUUAGAAAACGUGUGUUUGUUCUUUUGAUUUGUUUGGGUUCUAUUGGCUGAACACAAAUGCAUUUGGUGUUUGUUGCAGACUAGAAGACGCCAUCAUUGUCGAUGCUGCGGCCGCGUUUUCUGUCACAACUGCACAGAUCAGUCAGCUCCGUAAGUUCAACAUGGUUUACUGUAUUAUCAGUUGUAGGUGUCACAGUGUUUUGUCUCGUAGCCAGCUCAUCACAAGAGAGGAUAUCCUCUCUUGCUGAUUAACAGAAACUGACAGAGGCAAUCUUAAAAGUUAAGAAAUAGCAAGCCGUUGAAGUUUCAUCGUGAGCUUUAAGUUUUUAAACUUCCCAGCUCAUAGGACCACAAAUUCUGCGGCGGUCUUUCGUAAUUGAGUCACUGAGGGGAAUCACACAAAACUGAAGAAGAGACAUGUAUUCCUUCCCAAGUGGGAAAACCUGUGUUACACUACAGGCUAACGAGCUCGUUUCCAGUGAAGAGAGUAAGAGAGGCGCUCAUCUCUUAGCAUCAUCUUUUAGUGGACAAAUUAACAACGAGGACAUGUCUUCUUUUUCAGGAUUCCAGCGUUUGGCUACAAUCAGAAUGUCAGAGUUUGUAAUCCUUGCUUUGCUUUGCUUGAUGAAAUGUUUUGUGAAGAACCAGUUGCUUGCACAGACCCCACGUGA